CCUAGAAAAGCACCAGAUAUUCUUCAAAUAGUUCAUUGUUCAUUAGAGGAUUUAUACAAGGGAAAAACAAAGAGAAUUAAAAUUACAAAACAAGUAUUAAAUUCAGAUGGUUUUUCAACAAGGAAAGAAUCAAAGAUUUUAACAUUUCCUAUUAAGAGAGGAUUUAAAAAGGGAACCAAGAUUAGAUUUGAAAAUGAAGGAGAUCAAGCUCAAGGUGUCAUUCCAGCAGAUGUUGUCUUUGAAAUUGAAGAACAACCACAUCAUAUAUUCCAAAGAGAUUCAAAUAAUUUAAUCUACACUCCAAAUAUUUCACUCAAGGAAGCACUAUCAGGAAGUGUGAUUGAAGUGAAAACAUUAGAUGAUAGAAUAUUGAGGAUACCACUCAAUGAUAUUGUACAUCCAAAUUAUUCAAUUAGUGUUACAGGUGAAGGAAUGCCACUUUCAAAAAAUCCAGAACAAAGAGGUGAUUUAAUUAUUAAACCAAAUAUUGUCUUUCCAAGAUUUUUAGACAAUUAUCAGAAAGAAAUGAUUAAGAAAUUAUUACCUUAA